CUACUUGGUAUUGAUUGCAGCUGGACGAUGAGAGCGUCUGGUGCGCAUGCGUUAGUGGCGCCUCCGCAUGGCGUUGUUUUUGUUUACACCCUUCUGACUGACAAAGAGCCGAAUCGUUUUUCGCACCUUUCCGUGUCCAACGGAAUUGAUCUAAACGCACCAUGGCCAAGGGCAAGAAGGCGGCCGGCAAGGAGGAAAACGGCGAGGGGGUGGAGUACCCUUCGGGCGAGCUUAAAGUGCGGAAAAAGGGCAGCAAGCUGACCAACGGUGGCGGCAAAAAGCAGGAGGAGGUGGCAAGCGCGGCCUCGAAAAAAGCGGCUGCUAAGAAGCGCCCUCGCAAGUCGCCCAGCCACAUCAAGAACAUUUGGGUGGCGAGCUUUGUGACCUUCGCAACGGCCGCGAUCGUGACCACCCUGGUCGUCUAUAAUUGGUCCUCCCACGACAACUUUGAUCUGACCAAGUUCUGGACGGACAACGAGCAGAAAAUCUACGAUCUGGUCGAGCACUUGACCACCUUGUUCGCACAGCAAAUUGGUGCGGCUAAUGCCACCAAUUCAGCGGCGGAGGCCACUCUACCAACGGCCACCCCCGCUUGAAACCCUUCUGAGGUGUUUUCUCAAAGACUGCUGUGCCAUGCAUUUAUUUAUUUGUUUAUUGUUUUGUAAUUCUUAAUGUCAUUGUAAUUUAUUUAACAAUUUUCAACUUUUGGAGUAUUAUUGUAAACGCCGGCAGCCCGCAAUAAUGUUUUAGCUAGCUGCAAUAAUAAGAAUCCUGUUGCUUUUUUCAUGUGGAAUCAAUUUUGAAUAAAAUAUUUACCGACAUUUCAUU